UGUGUGGGCAUGCUUGUGAAGACAUAGCUCCGAUUCAGUGUAGGCUGACAGCAUGCUGAAGCCAUGUGUUAACAGCGCAGUCGGUUUCAUUUCUUUAGCACACCAAUGGCUUUCUCUGGAUGUAAGGUUCCUGCAGAAAAACGGUUCAUUUGAGACCGCGAGGAAAUCGUCUGUGAGGAAACCCAGUCCACUAACCACCAUGGGAGGAUCACACGCAAAGAGAACUGGAUUCAGGAAGCAAAGAAAAGAAGACUACAGCAUCAGAACGCCCCCCUCUUACCUGGACACUGACAGCCCCCAGGAUUUAAUUCAGCCCAGAAAGGUAACCCACCCCGUCCUGGAUUCACAACGCCACCAGGACCUGCACAGAGAGCUCGUUCUGAGCUGCAAGCGGGGUCUUCUGCCAGAGAACAAGCCAGAGCUGCAGAGAGUGCUGGAGCAGAGGAAGCUGGAGCAGCUCCGAGAACAGGAAGAGGCGCAGAGACCCAAAUCAGACCUAGAGCAGGAGCUCAAGAAGAGGCAGCAGAAACUGGAACUGUACGAGCAGGAGCAGAUGAAACCGAAAGCAGACGAGGAAGACGUGCCUGAGUUUGUGAAAGUGAAGGAGAACCUACGCAGGCUCAAAUUGAACGGGGAAUAGGGCAGGAGCUGCUUCAUCAACGGCAGGGCCACCUGGAGGGAGAGGGAAAACACUGCCAGAGUCUCGAAUCACUCGAACCUGCUAGAGAGACAUGGCCCCUUUCAAACAGAGAAAAUGUACUGGGGGGUUCCAGGGUUCUUCAUCAUGAGAUGAUGUCAUGUGUAUGAAUGUGUGCGUGCGUGUGCGCGUGUGUGUUUGAAGCAUAUGUGGGAGCUGCAGUAAAUCAAGGGCAGUACAUUAGAUCUGGAAACAGAAAUGAUCUUCCUGAAUUCUGAGAUCUGGUACCUUUCUGUUUACAAAUGAACCCCUUUAUGUAUGUAUGCAUUCAUGUACAGUAGGGUACACAAUUCAGUCAUCUGCACAUUCAGCAGCAUCGAAAGCAGAAACAGGGGUUUUUUUUGGGGGGGGGGGUGGUCAUCCAUAAAUAAUAUUGUCUUACAAAAUGGCAAUAUAUAUUAUUAAAUGAGAAACGGGUCACCAAUCUGAUUGGUGCUCAGUCUGCUGGUUUGUCGCUCUAUCACUGGGACGAUCUGCUGAAUUUAAUUGAAACUUGGAAGGUAUGAGACUCACCACUGGGGGGAUGUGUUGAGCGACCUCCUGACACGGACCACCUAUCCAGUGCAGUCCGCAGACCACCUUGGGUGUUUUUACUCAACACCACGAUUGCUCCUGAACAGUUCUAUUGAGCAAUGUCCCUUUCAUAGCUCCUUCUGACACUGUGGUUUUAAUUAAACUUUAGAAUCUGUCUAUGUGAACUCUGUGGGCUAUGAGAAGCUGCCCUACCAAGACAUAGAGUAUGCAUCGAAAAGCAGAUCCUCAGAUAGGACGCUUAGCAUGGUACAAUUCUACAUGUUGUAGAAGUGGGAAAAACACAUGUCGCCACUGAAGAGGCGGGAGAGGUCCUGUAAAGGGGAGUUCACAAUGUUUAGGGGUUUUACAUUCUGAUUGAGAGUACAGUUAAAUAUACAUACUGUACAGGGUGCUGUAUGAUACUAUUUUAUCAUAUAAAAGUUAAAUAAGAAUGAUUCAAAUUGUAGUAAAUCUUAGUGUGAUUUCCAUCUGAUGCAAGCUGUCUUAUACAAAGAAAUGUCUGGUGGCUUCAUCACAUCAAAAUCAGGCUCUGAUACAUAAAGGGUGAUUCAUGAACCAAGGCUGCGCUCGAAUAUCUGCAAGGAGUGUGCAGUAAACUCUUCUUCAGCGACUGCUAUGACAAACAAAAAAGUCGAAAUUCCCCUUUUUACCCUUAUAAAAGUUUGCAAAAUGUUUUAAUUUUAUUUUUGCAUCUGUUUGCAACACCUGCACGUGUCGAGCAGAAGUUUUCAAACUGCAAACCAUCAGGCGGAAGUAGUCUAGAAAAAGAAAGAAAAUAUAGCGCUCGUCCGAGAUGCGGUGAUUCCAUACCAGAAAACCACAAGCAAAUCUGAUCUGCUUCAAACGAAGCAUUUCCUUAGAUCAGUUUCAUCUAAAAAAAAACAUCCACGUGAACACGCUCAAAAGAGAGCCAAAUCUUCAAAUCAACGCCUUUGUGAACGUCGUGAACUUGAACGGGCCUCACACACCAGCGUUAUCUUGUUGUUUACAAUAAAACAAAACAAAAAAACAGACCCCUCAAUAGAGCCUCAAUAGAGCUCUCAGAAUCAUGUCUAACCUCCAGGUACAUUCGGUACAGCAGGGGUUAAUUGGUGCCGGAUCGUAUCAGAUCCCAGACCAGGUGUCAAGUCAAUUUAGGCUACCUAUAAAACGUUAAAAUCGUCUUACUUUGCGUACUGCGCAUGCCCAGACUAUUCUGACCCUGCACCGCGCAUGUGCAGAUUUGUUUUUACUAAUAAUUCGUUUUAUAUUCAAUACAGACAGCUGGUGUUAACGAACGGUAAAGUGUACAGUAACGCAGCUCUUGUGGCGGAAGAGUCUUUAGUCACGAUGCACCUGUAUUAUGGAACAAUCCUCCAAUUGAAAUCCGUAAUGCUGACUCAAUGAAUGCAUUUAAAUCAAAGCUUCAAACACAUCUUCAUGCAGAGGACUUUCUGUAGAUUGGGAUGGCCUGUUUUAGAAUUGUGUUAAUAUGUAUUUUAUUUAUUUAUUUAUUUAGUCCCAUUUGUUUUUGGAUGUUUUUUGAUAUUUUAUUGUAUAUUAUAUUAUUAUAUAGUAUAUUUAUUUGUCAUGUGAAGCGCUUUGGGGGGCCUUGGCAUGAAAGGCGCUAUACAAAAUAAAUUCGAUUGAUUGAUUGAUAGAUAGAUAGAGCGCUAUAGGUACAUUUUUAUAUUUUUAAAUAUAAAAAGCAAAAGAUAAAAAGACAACUAUAAAAUUGUUUUGAAAAGCUAUUAUUAUUAUUAUUAUUAUUAUUAUUAUUAUUAUUAUUAUUAUUAUUAUUAUAGCUAUUUCCUGGUGUGAAGUCCGAUCAUGCUGUUGAUAUUACAUUUAAAAAUAAGUCAUGUUAAUUAUAUGACAUUAUUUAAGUUCUGCUAUAUAUAUAUAUUUUUUUAGACUCUUUUCAAACUCUUCUCUAUAUCACCACCAAGAUGAAUUGUUGGAUUGUUUUAAAUUGACCAAAAAAAAUAAAAAAUAAAUAAAAAAUAAAAAAAAACGUUUACAGCUGCAGAUUAAAUUUUGACCAGGUAGCAGAUUUUGACAAGGUAGCAAAAUUUGACGCUUAUACAUGUCAUAUUUUGCUACCAGUAGCAAAUGUUGACAUACCUAUUUGUCUGACAGGAGAGAAUUAUAUAAUUUCCACAUUUUCAACAAUUUUUAUUAUGAUAUAUUUUUUUGCAAAUAAGAACUCUACAGUAUAUGCAUACAAUUCGCAACAAAAAUCAUGCUUUCCUGUUCCGUGAAUUGAACGUGUUUAAGAAUCUCUGGCGCGCAGAGUGCUAGAUGUUUGGGAGAGUCAGUCAUUUCCUGCUCUUUCAACUUUGAUAGGGGUUUUCUGCUAGCACAGCGUUGCCUUGCUUGUCUUUCAUAUCUUCAAACACUCCGCGUAAAACGAGGUAAAAUGAUUCAAACAUCAACAGACACUUCGGCAAACGCCUUGCAGAAACAUCUCAAAACGUCGCGCCUCGUCAAAGAAUCAAACACACAGAAAUGCAAGCAGUAUUGUAUUAACAGCAUAUAAGGAGGCUGUGUGGUACAGUGGUUAAAGAAAUGGGCUUGUAAUCAGGAGGUCCCCGGUUUAAAUCCCACCUCAGCCACUGACUCAUUGUGUGACCCUAAGCAAGUCACUUCACCUCCUUGUGCUCCGUCUUUCGUGUGAAACGUAGUUGUAUUAUUAUUGCUGAUGCAUAGACCCUAGUCUUUGUAAGUCGCCUUGAAUAAAGGCGUCUGCUAAAUAAACAAAUAAUAAUAUUGUCACACACCUUGUUAUGGUGUCACAACAACCGCGGAUUCCUCCCAUCAAGACCACUGCCUCUAUACGAGAGGGCGUGGUCUCUUAGUUUCUUUGCUUGGGUGUGAUUGACUUGAAUCACAUGGCUUGCAGUCUGAUAGCACAGGGCUAGUCAAUUAUUUAACGCCAGGGUCUAAAUGACUUGGUUAAACAUGUUUUUGGUUUCAGAAUUCUUCGUUUAAAAGGUGUCCAUCUAAUUGUUUUUCAUUUUUUUUCAGUUUUUCAUGCUGUUUUGGUACCCGCCUCAUCCCGUUCCUGUCAAAACCACAGUACACAUAAAUACGUUUCUGUAUUAACACACCUACAAGCUGAGUUCGACCACAUUUUAAUGCAAAACAAAUUGUAGACAACUAGAAAGCAUGGUAAAGUGCGGAUGAAAGUAUCGGGUCAAAUCGUGCUAAACUGCAAAAUGACCGUGCGUGUUAACAAUGGUUAGCUUCUAUCAGACAGCUGCAGUGGGCUUAAUAUCAGAACACAGGACCGAUCUUUAUAGGAAACUUUAUUCAUGCAGACCCUUUUAUAUUACAGCUCUACAGGACCGAGUCUCCUUUUGCAGAUAGCACAUGCUUAUAUGGCUGGCGCUGUUUUUUUUAACUUGGCUUCUGUGUGUGCAUAUGAAAUACUUUGAUGCCAGGGUCAGUGACACACUGUCCCUGGAUGUGAAAAGCGCUCAGUGCCUCCUGGCGCUGGUGUGUAACACCUGUAACAUGUUAAACCAGCGCUCAGUGUAUAACACCUGUAACAUGUUAAACCAUGGCGCACAUUGUAAGUGAUAUUCUGGAAGACGAGACUCCCUUUUCAAAGCGUGUAGAAACAAGCAAUCAGCAGCGACAGUGCUUCCAUUCCAGGCAGCUUUUGUCGAAAUUCUCUUUUUGUAUUUAUUUUCUGUUAACAUUAGUUUAUGGAUAAUCUUGUUUGCUUUUAAAACAAUUAAAUUGUUACAAAAAAGACUAUUCUAUAGUCCAUUCAUUUUAAUUCCGUACAUGGUCUUGUUGUACUAGUGCUCAAAUACACACUCCCUUUUUUCUUUCUAUAUUUACCAGAAACCUCGCUUAAUAUAAUUUUAGGAAAUGACAUGUCAGCACUGUGCUUGCAUCCAGAGCGCGUCUGCUGAUGAAAAUAAAAAUACGACUAAAAACAAAACAGUGUUCGGUUCAACAGAGACAGUUAAUAACUUAACAACAAAUAAGCUAAGUGCUCCGUGUCUGUCUGUACAGUUUGAAAUUUGAAUGUGCCGCCCCUGCUUGCUCUGCGACGUUCAGCCAAUAGGCAGGGACGGGACGUUGAAAGGAAUUGUGGGAAAUGUGGGAUCAGCAUAGAAGCAAAGGUAUAUUUCAAGGUCAUAAAACGACAUUUCCCACAAUUCUUUUCAACGUCCACAGGAACACUUGUCAUGUGACACUUUCUAAAUUGGCUUGCUAGCUUGCAAUGGUCUGCUGGUCCUCGGCGGUGCGGCACUGAGCGCUGGUUUAACAUGUUACAGGUGUUAUACACUGAGCGCCGGUA